CGGAGCUCCACUCUGGAGGAGGAAAGUGCGCAGGGAGGGUCGGCGAGAGACUGGCAGAGGGACACCCCCCCUCCAACCCGCUGUAUUUAUCAACAACAGGCGUCUAUUUCCCCCCGACACUGAACCGUCCCAGCCUGCGGGGCUCUCUCUCUGUUGAGCAAAACUUCCCUCUACCUCGACAAAUAAAUGCCAAGAGAAACAACACAAGCGCCAACAGAUAAGGAUCGCCGCUCUGAACCGGAGAGAAGCAGUCGGACAGACACGUAAAAAGAAAAAAAGAAGAAAACCCAGGGAAAGCGCACGGAUCGUCGCUGCUUGCCUUUCUCAAUGCAUACCCUUUGUGCCCGGGGAACCAUGAAACCAGAGAUCAACGCCGCCGUCGGAUUUCUGUCGAGAUUUCUGAGGGUAAAAGGAAACGUAAACGAUCGACAGGUCCAAACAUUCAGCCAAAGCUUACAGGACAUUUUGGCAGAGCAAUAUAAGCACCACUGGUUCCCAGACCGGCCCUGCAAGGGCUCAGGCUACCGCUGCAUCCGCAUCAACCACAAGAUGGACCCCCUGGUGUGGCAGGCGGGCCAGCGCAUCGGCCUGACCAUCCAGCAACUCUACCUGCUCCUGCCGAGCGAGCUCACGCUCUGGGUGGACCCCUUCGAAGUGUCCUACCGCAUCGGCGAGGACGGCUCUAUCUGCGUCCUGUACGAGUCGCAGCCCGGCCCCGGGGGAAUGCCGAUGGCGGCCGCCGCCAGCUCCGCCUCAGGGAACAGCGGCUCGGUGAGCCCCAUGGUGGACAGUCACAUCAGCUGCAAGGAGGAACUGAGGGUGCUGGGCAGAGCCAGUCCCUCCAAAGCCUACAACAUGAUGACCGUGUCCAGCUAAAGCGGCGCGCGGUCGCUCCGGCCUACUUUCGUUCAGGGUCACGCCGUGGCCGGUCAUUGUUGUUUUGACCUGAUCAGGGCGAGCCUUUUUAAAGCUAAGAAUAUGAAAUGAAAUAGUGAAAGAAGAAAAAAAAGCAAAAGGAAAAAAAAAGAAAAAAAAAAAACAGAGGAUGUGGCCUAUCGUCCAGGUGAUGGAAACCUUGUAGGUUUGAUAUUUUUUACCCCCCCUCCCCCAUUGUCAUCUGUUCUGUUGUGUCAUUGGAUCAGUUGGGCACUCCGUUUUUUUAGGAGAGGCUUUGUGAAAAUGGAACUGUUGGGGCAGCUAAACCAACCAACCAACCAACCAACCAACCAACCAGGAACCCACCCCCUCCCGCUGGAGACGGGCUCCACCUCACCCCGCCUCACCCUCCAACUGUAAACAUCAAGGUGACCGGCUCCGUCUCCCAAGGGGCUAUCAGCAUCGACUUUGCACUUUUCUUACUUGUGGUUACUAUGGGUACAUGUUCAACACACCACUGCAAAAAAAAACAACAACAAAAAAACAACAAAAAAGAACACCAGAAUCUAAAUUGUAAGGAUUUAUUUUCCAGGAACUACCCACCGAAUUUCAAAAUGCAGAUUUUUCUCUGUUUUUUUUUUUUUUCUCCCCUCCAAAUUGUUUUUUGGUUCUUGCAUGGGGAGGAAGUGGAAGUUGAGACGGGCCUUUGCAAUCCAAGCUCAAGGUAAAGAAACGACCCAAUGAGAGCAUCUCUAUUUUCUACUCAAAGAAACUACCUUUUUGGACCACAGGGAGUCUAUUUUCCUUAUCUUGUAGCUGUUGAGAAAGCGGCCCUGUGGUCUUAACUUCUCUUCCUCCCCUCCUGCCAUCAGUCGGCCUGUACGUAAGUGCAAGUGGAACGUGUUGUGGCGCCCACCGCCUAUGGAUAUCAGUGUGUCGCCCUCCCAUCGCCCACGUGUGUGUAGCUUUCUGGGGGAGGACGAGGGGAUCCUCCUCCUCCCCCCACGAAAUGAAUGUUGAUGAGAUUCACAAUCAAGUUCCUGCGUUGUUGAUUUAGCCCGCUCCUUCCUGUCACCACUUUGUCGUCUCUUGCAUUACCAAAACUCAAAGUGUAGCAAAAAGGGGGGCCCUAAUUACCCAAAAAUUGGCGGUCCUGUGGCCCGGCUAUAGAAUUGACAUUGAAUGCACUUUGACGUGAGAUUGUGUGGGAUGUGUACUUAGAGAAAGAAAUCGCCUGCAUUCCAUCCAUUCGAAUGUCAUCUGUUCGCACCGUUUUUACUGCCCUUCUUCACUUUUAGCCGUUUUGUUGAUACUGUUGGCUCCCACGUCGGGUGAUUCGGGAGUGUACAUCUAUGGAUUUCAAAAACAAAAAAAAGAAAAAAAAAACCUUGAGCACUGUAUCUGUGAGCAUUUCAGAGCUGUUUUUAAAGGAGGAGAGAGUUUUCUGGGUGGUAUGUUAGAAACGUUUUGUCAUCCAUUCAUAUGGCACUGUCGACUCUGGCACGUUGCAGAGCUAAGCUGCCCCCCCCCCACACACACACACACACACACGCUCUACCCCCCUCGCCCCCAGACACACACAGAUGGUGAUUUGUGUUGCUGAUUAAAAAAAAAAAAAAAAAAAAAAACAGUUUGUCUGAAAGGUCUGGACUAAGUGAUGACUGUGUGAGACUUUGGCCAAAAGGAGGUCUGGAGCGCCGACUGUUCAGAGAUUCGUUUUGACUUGAAUUGACAACAACACCAGGCCGGGGCAGCCUUCCAUUUCUAUUUGCAUUAACUGAAGGCGCACGGCCAUAUAGAGACCUCAUUGUCGUGAAUUUUGAGCCAUUUGUGAUGUUGAGACGAGCAUCAGGCGUAUUCGAGCCAGCCUGGUGCACUACGCUGCCCGGACCCUCGUCGGAGGCAUCCUCUUUUCAGCCUGGCAGCUUCAGAACCCCGCGCCGCCGCCGCUCUCUCUCUCUCUUGGCGGCGCCGGGGGUGUUAGUGCCUCACGUGCCACAUAUCACCCCGCAGCUCAGACCUCCUUUUUCCAGCCAAAAGCGAGCCGGCACGCUGCUAGCUGACCCCCUGUGGAUGCAGGUAGACUUAAUGUGACACAUAUCAUCAUCCAUCACCGUGGGGAGCUGGGUAAGGAAGGCGGGGAUGGGGCGCUGGUGUGAGAGAGUGGGGGGCCAGGGCCGGACUCCUUUUGUCCAGGGCAGCUAAAAUCCCUCCAGCCCCCCACUCUGGACUUGUUCAACGAACCCCCGCCCCGGCCAGAAGCCCUGAACCCUCCCUCAACAGUGAUGGAUAACCAGCACACGCACUUGGCGUGCUCAAGCUGCACUUCGGGGGCUAGUGAGAGACAGGGAAACGUGGACACAAGAUGAAGAAUCGAGGGUACUACGCCAUUGUUUUCCGUUUUCAUCUCACUGGAUUGUGCUGCACUUAAUUACUGAGUUUGAGUAGCAACUUUGUUUACAUGCAUGUGAAAGGAUGCGAUGGCUGUCUGAUGUACCCCCCCCACCGCCCCCCCACCACCAAAUUCGCCCCCCGGUUCUGGGGCUGAGCGGCUCGCGGCGUGGCGGAACAGAUGCCGGCGCGGCUGCUGGUGUUGCUCGGGCCUGAGCCGCUGGCCAAAUCUGUCACGGCAGGCUGGUUCGCCGCUCAUCACCAGACCUAUGGGUGUUUAAGCCUCCCCUAAGCCUGAGAGGAUCAUGGGUAAUAUAGCUAUAGCCUUUGACGCACUGCAACCCUUAAACGCCCCCCCCCCCCCCCCCCCCCUUCCUGCCCUGCUCUCUGCUGAUACUCCCUUCAGCAAUCUGUGAAAAGCAGUGAUUCCACGUUGGCCAGAUGGAGAGGAGCCUGCUGGGAUGGGAGCCCAGAGCUUUGGUUUCCAUGGUGGACGCCCGUUUCCAAACCGCGCUGCUCCAUGAUAGCUUUUUUUUUUUUUUUUUUUUGUCGGUGUCACGUGACAAGAUGUUUUGGUCGAUAUUUCGGACGCGGGAUGAUCGUCUCGUCUCACUCUUCUCUCGAUGUAUUUUAUGGUCACACUGGUAGAUUUUCCUCAUCUUUCCACUCAUUUUCAUCCUCUUUUUUGAAGAGGAUUUUUUUUUUAGUCUGAUGUUCUAACCCACUUUUAUUAACCGACCUUGGGUUUUUUUUUUCUUUUUAAUUUUUCAAAGCUGCAAAAAUUCAACCCCCCCAAAAAAUCCCCCUCGACACCUUCUCGACUGUGCUACCGCCACCCAAAAAUGGUUCAAAGUCCUCAGAAAUACGGAUUAUUUAAAUGGCAUCCAUUCAGCUUGUGCGCACAUAGGUUUCAGAAUCGUUGUGAGAGUGCUUUGAGUAGUCAGAGGUAAAGCGAGAGAGAGAGA